AUGGAAGAAGUGGUGGUUGAAAGGCCCGACGACUAUGAAGUGGCGGAGCCGCAGAAUGUGCAUUUAACAUUGGAGCCCUUUCGCUUUUAUUCUGGCUCCAUUGAGGGCAACACCGUACUUAUCAUUCUCAACACUCCCAUCGGCUCGCUACCAAUACAUAAAUUGUGGAAUUGCACAUCGGUGCACAUUUGUGCAGACGGCGGUGCCAACAGAUUAUACUAUAGCUUUUUGAAUGACGCUGAAAGAGACAGGUACAUUCCAGAAUUUAUAGUGGGUGAUCUCGACUCCCUCAGGGAAGAAGUGAAACAGUACUACCAGCGGAACGGCACUAUUAUCUUGCCACAAUACACACAGUAUUCCACUGAUUUCAUGAAGGCUAUAGAAGUGGCUAUUUUGGUGCACUCAGGGGGAAAGGAGAAGCUCUAUAAGCCUAUCAACGAGGAUGAUGGCAUUUCUCAGUUGGUAGGAAAUUACGAUGAAGGUGUGCCGUUCACUGCGUACGUGGCAGGAGGCAUUGGCGGAAGGUUUGACCAGACUUUUCACUCAAUAAGUCAGCUUUAUGCAUUGGCCUCCGACCAUUCGCAUAUACGACUUUUCUUCGUUUCCGAGUCGGACCUCGUCUUCCUUGUCCCUGCUGGUACUACGUAUGUGAAGUACGAGAGUAAAAAAUUGUUCAACAAUAUAGAGCCCGUCCCAAAAUUAGGACUCUUGCCAUUUGGUAAUAGGGUAGUCUUGAACACCAAGGGAUUAAAGUACGAUGUGGAGAAUUGGGUAAGUCAGGUAGGAGGUAACGUUUCCACCAGUAAUGGUGUUGCAGGCACCACUGGCUUUAUUGUGAACACUUCUGACAACAUAGUCAUUAACGUUGAGAUCUCGUCGAAAGCUAAAGGUACUUGA